UUCUUGUCAGGCCAGUUUCCGGGCCCGCCAUGAUGUUCAGAAGACAACGAGGAGCAACGGAAAGACCGUCGAAAUGGAUGUUAUGGAUUUAAACAACGAAAAUGAUAGUUUGGAAGGAGAUAAUUACCGUUGUUUUGAAUAAGAGCCUAAGCUAACUGGUUAUUUCCAGUGGCCAUUUUUUAACCAGUUAACUAGUUACCCAAAUACUGUACGCUAACGUUAGCUGCGGCUAAUGUUUUUGUUUUGAGUGGUAGGUACACUGACCUAGGCCGCAGAUUUCCUUGUCUCAUAAUUUCAUCGUAGGUCAUACAAGGAUAAACAUCGUUCCUGCGUGGAUUGCAACUCCGAAAAGGAUCGUUUGAGGACUUCUUUUUUUUGACGUUUGAUUUUCAGUUUCCGGACGGAUAGAAGAUUUUGGACUAAGCCAUUUACGGCGGAAGACCGAAGCUUGCGGCCUCGCAUGGACUCCUAACCGCGAACUCGGUGCCUCGCUGCUCUCAGCAGCUACAAGGCCCGUGUUUCCGCGAGAGACUCUACUGACUGUAUUAACCGUGAAAACCGUAAUGGACACUUCUGGAACUGUACUUUUCUUGUGUUUUACCGGACUCUUAACGAACUGACCGGGUUAAAGACGCUGCUUGCUGGUGUCCCGGCCUUUCACUACUAGUAGCUUGGUGUCUUUGACGUAUACAGCUACAAGGACUAUCUGUGAAUACUUCCUCUUAGUUAAUUGCCUGUUUUCCCUUCGAUAUUAUCUUAGACUAAACUGGUAGCUUUCCCUUCAGUCUCAGAUCAUAUCUAGUACUGGUUAUUGUUAUUCUUAUUAACUAACUUGUUGUUUUCCCUUGUCUGAGUUUGAUUUAAGUGAUAGUUGUGAGAAUGUCGUGUGUUCAUUAUAAAUUCUCGUCCAAAUUGGACUACAACACCGUGACCUUUGACGGGCUGCACAUCACCCUAGCCGAGUUGAAACGGCAGAUUAUGGGCAGAGAGCGCCUCAAAGCCACCGACUGUGACCUACAGAUCACCAACGCACAGACCCGUGAAGAGUACACUGAUGAGGAGGUUCACAUCCCCAAACAUUCAUCAGUGAUCGUCAGACGCACCCCCAUCGGAGGGGUCAAACCAGCAGGCAGAACGUUCAUUGUUGACCGUUCUGACAUGGCUGCUGGAUCCUCCAGACCCACCGACUCUUCACCGUCCGUCUCCCUGGCCCAGCUCUCUAAGACUGCCAACCUAGCGGAGGCCAAUGCAUCAGAGGAUGACAAGAUCAGAGCCAUGAUGUCCCAGUCCAACAGUGAAUAUGACCCCAUACAUUACUCUAAGAAGGCCGUCGGACCGCCUCCUGCACAUUACACCUGCUAUCGCUGUGGCAAGAACGGACACUACAUCAAACACUGCCCAAUGCAGAUGGAUAAGAGUGUAGAGGCUCCUAAGCCAGUCAGGACCAGUAAAGGGAUCCCUCAGAGCUUUAUGGUGAAGGCUGAACCAGGAACUAAAGGAGCCAUGUUGACCAGCACUGGAGAAUACGCUAUUCCUGCUAUAGACGCGGAGGCCUAUGCUCUGGGUAAGAAGGAGCGUCCCCCCUUUGUUCCUCGUGAAGCGUCAUCGUCUGAAGAUGAGGCUGAUCCAAUCCCUGAUGAGCUGCUCUGCCCCAUCUGUAACGACCUGAUGAGUGAUGCUGUGGUCAUACCCUGCUGUGGUAACUCCUACUGUGAUGACUGUAUCAGGACCAGUCUGCUGGACUCAGAGGAACACACCUGUUUCACCUGCAAACAGUCUGACGUCUCACCUGACGCUCUCAUCGCUAACAAGUUCCUACGACAGGCAGUGAAUAACUUUAAGAAUGAGUCUGGUUACACCAAACCAGCACGAAACAAAACCCUGCAGCAGUCUGCCCCGCCCCCAGCACGGCCUCAGCCAUUCAGAACCCUCGGCUCACGCCAGCAGGACCCCCUAUUGGCCAGCUCACGCCAGCAGGACCCCCUAUUGGCCAACGCUCGCCAGCAGGACCCCCUAUUGGCCAGCUCACGCCAGCAGGACCCCCUAUUGGCCAACGCUCGUCAGCAGGACCCCCUAUUGGCCAACGCUCGCCAGCAGGACCCCCUAUUGGCCAACGCUCGCCAGCAGGACCCCCCUAUUGGCCAACGCCGCCAGCAGGGACCCCCUAUUGGCCAACGCUCGCCAGCAGGACCCCCUAUUGGCCAACGCUCGCCAGCAGGACCCCCUAUUGGCCAACGCUCGCCAGCAGGACCCCCUAUUGGCCAACGCUCGCCAGCUGGACCCCCUCACUCCUCCUUCCGUCACCCUGACACAAAGCCUGCCCAUUCAGACCCCACCGAUUGGACCACCUGUGAGAUGGAGGCGGGGCCUUACAUGAUAUCAGAGCCACCAAUCAGAUCAGCCGACAGCGGACCUCAGGUCCACCUCCACAGCCCUCCCAUUCCCACAGAGGAGGACCCAGACCACCUUGGGACAGACCCUACAGACCUCUUUCUGACCACGUCCCCCCCUCGCCAUCCCCCUCCUUCCGCCCCGGGCCCAGCCCCUCACCUCUACCCGGGCCCUAACCUCUACCACCCUCCCCCCAACCCCCACUCCAUCCCGCCCCAGUCCUACCCCCCUCCCUACUCCACUGGACCCCCUCCCCCUGUUAACUACCCCCCCCAGCCCCUCUACCCACACGGCCAGAUGCCUCCGGGGGUUAAUGCCCCCUGGGUUCCCCCUCCCAACACCCAGCCCCACUCGCUGGGCCCCCCGCCCCUCCUAUCCUCUGGACCCCCUCUCUCCAAGGAGGACUUCUACAGACAGAGGAGACUCCGACAGGACCAGGUAACGUCCAAGCUGGAUGAGUUCACUAAAGACUUUGCCAAAGAGCUGAUGGAAUACAGACCUGCUCCCAAGAGACGGAGACGCUCCUACUCCAGGUCUCGUUCCUACAGUCGUUCUCCAUUCAGCCGUUCCCCCUACUCCCGAUCCCGUUCUCCUCGCUCCCGCUCCAGGUCUUACUCGUACACCCCCAGCCGCUCCCGCUCACGUUCCAGGUCUUACGGACGCUCCCCCUUCUCCAGACGCAACGGAGGCCGGGGAGGACGCAGCCGCUCCUACGGCCGCUCGCCGCGGUCCCGCUCACGCUCCCGUUCCUACGGCUACCGUCGCUCCGGCUCUCCUCGCUCCCCUCCGCCUUACCGAGGUGGUGGUGGUGGGGGGGGCUGGGAAGGAGGAGACGGAGCUGAAGGAGGAGGGGGGUAUCGGCCCAGGUCUCGCUCCCCGGGGGGCUACAGGAGGAGCAGGAGUCCAGGAGGGGUUAGAGGUCACCAUAAGCCUCCCCCUCGAGAGCCGCCCCCUUACGAGCCUAAAGGUGGACCUGACCUGUCUCCCGGGGGCAGGGAGCGCUGGGAGAGAGACAGCUACAGACAGUGGGAGAAAGAGUACAGGGACUGGUACAACAAGUACUACAAAGACUACAGUACCCAGCAUGCCUCGGUGCACCACCGCGGUGGCCGGGGCAGCAGAGAGAGGGACCGCCUCACCCCUCCACCCAGAGACUACUCCCCCCAGGGGCGGGUGAGGAGAGGUGAGAGAGGGGGACCUCCCGGACCCCACAGAACUCACCACGCCUUGUCCUCUAUACCCUCCGCCAGGGGGGAUGGAAAUAAGGACCGCACGCAGGGGGACGCUAGUAAAGAGCGCACGCAGGGGGGAACCAAAACGUCAGAGGGUGGAACUAAAACUCUGAAAGCGAAGAAACUGAAGAAGAAGAAGAACGGGGAGGAGCUGGAUUCAGCCAACCAAUCACUGGACAGGGGUGAUGCCACGCCCGUCAGGGACGAGCCAAUGGAUGAACUCCAGACCCUGACCCCUAGCAAAGCCCCACUCACCUCCACCAAGGUCUCGACCAAUAAGGCAGCGCUGCUCUCUGGUAAAACCCCUCCCACCUCGUCCAGCCAAUCAGAGAAGAGCAGGAAGGAGAAGGGGGGUAAGGUGAAAAUAAAGACGGAAGGCAAGGUGAAAGGAGAGAAGGUUAAGAGAAAGACAGGAGGAGAGGCGACGGUCACAGCCUCAAAGAACAAAGAGUCUUCAGCCACUAAACCAACCAAAGCAUCGAAGGUCAAACCAGACGAGCUGAUCAAGAGAGAGAAGGGGCGGAGCACCCCUACUGUUAGAGGAGGUAUGGCUAAACUCCCCCUGCCCCGCCCCCUCCCCCCUCACCCCCACGACCUCCCUAAACACCUGGCUGAUGCCCGCGGGGGAAGGAGAGAUCCCAUUCACAGUGUCGGGGUACGCCCCCCUGGUCGCCCCCUCCAGCCUACACCUCCCUCCCCAGCAGAGAAGAGGAGGAGAGUGGAGGAGAGGGAAAGGGGGAGGGGGAUGGACAGAGGGAUCGGGGGCCCCCCCGGCUAAGCUCCGCCGUGCCGAGGGUCCGUACCUCCAGAGAGGACUUCCAGCCAAGCCUCCCCUCCUCCUGAACCUGGCAUGCAGAGAGACUGGUAGAGGAGAGGGUCUGCUCCCCAUCCCUGGUACCUCACAGACAGGGAGGCUAGACCGUUUCCAUCCCAUCUCCAUCUCCAUCCCUGGGCCUGGCUCCUCCAUGGACCUGGGGAGAGAGGGGAGAGGCGACGGGCUGCUGCCCACCCCAGGGAGCUCUGAGGCAGGCAGAAGAGAGAGUGACAGGGGGUCUAUCUGGCCUCU